AGUCACCGAAAGUCCGCGGCCAAACAGACAACGAAAACCCAUCGCGAUAUUUUCACUAUUUUCCUCGUGGUUUUUCAUGAUUCCGUAACCGAAAAAUUCGAUUUGAUCCGAAAAAAAUGAAGGAAGUUAUCGAAUUCGAUUUUUUUUGAAACAUUCCUCACCGAGAAAAUACUUUUUCCACAGUUGCUUACAUCGUGGAAGUUUGUAGUGUGAAAAAUGUGAAAAAAUAUGAUUUUUCCUAUUAUUAGGAAAACCGAAAAACGUUUCAAGUGUAAAACAAAAAAAUCGCGAUGAAUAUUUUAUUUACACCACCUUGUAUACAACAAACUAGAGAUCAGUGGCUGAAUGAUUCGUACGUAGCGCCGUAGACGAUGGGCGAUGAAAAUCCGUCGAAUUGUUCGGAGGAACCGUACGGCAAUUACAGCUCGAUAUUCGGUACGACGGACGUACCCGAAUGGGAAGCCAUACUAACCAUAGCCACGUUGACGUUCCUGAUACUUUUGACGAUAAUAGGAAACGUAUUAGUGAUACUGAGCGUUUUUACGUACAAACCUUUGAGGAUCGUCCAAAAUUUUUUCAUCAUAUCGUUGGCCGUAGCCGAUCUUACGGUAGCCGUAUUAGUUUUGCCUUUUAACGUAGCUUACGCCGUGUCCGGACGAUGGAUUUUCGGGAUUUACGUUUGCAAGAUGUGGUUGACGUCCGAUAUCCUGUGUUGUACGGCGUCUAUUUUGAACCUGUGCGCUAUAGCUUUAGAUCGAUUUUGGGCUAUAACCGAUCCGAUAAAUUACGCCCAAAAACGCACCGUCAAAAGGGUAUUAAUGAUGAUAGGGAUCGUUUGGGUAUUGUCUCUAAUAAUAAGCGUUCCGCCUCUGAUAGGCUGGAACGAUUGGCCGUCUCCCGAAAAGUUCGCCGAAGAGCAGGUUUGCGUUCUAACCAAACGACGUGGUUACGUCAUUUAUUCGUCGUCCGGAUCCUUUUUCAUCCCCCUAUUGAUCAUGACGAUUGUUUAUGUCGAAAUAUUCAUAGCGACGAAGAGGAGACUGCGAGAACGCGCCGCGGCGGCCAAAAUAAACGUAUCGAGAAACGAAAACGCCGCCGGCGGUAGGAAUUGGGAAAAUAGAGAUAGAGAAAGCGUCAGCAGCGAGACGAAUCAUAACGAACAUUCCGAAGAACGAAACAAAUCCGACGAUAAAUUGGUCAAAAAGAAAAAAGACGGUAAAACCAAUUUGAGGGCGGUGCUGGUGCACGAAGAUUCCCUGACGGAUUUCGGGGAAAAUUCCGAUAAAAAAAACGUCGAUAAGCCGGGCAAUCGCUCUUCUACGACUGUUAGUAUAACAACUUCGAAGCCCAGUCCUAAAGUUGCUCUGAUAGAAGGAGCCAAAAAACCGGGAUUCGUUUAUCAGUUUAUCGAGGAAAAACAGAAAAUUUCUUUGUCUAAGGAACGGAGAGCGGCUAGAACUUUGGGUAUAAUAAUGGGGGUGUUUGUCGUAUGUUGGGUACCGUUUUUUUUUAUGUACGUUAUCAUACCGUUUUGUUCGGUGUGUUGUCCUUCGAGGAGAUUCGUUAAUUUCAUCACUUGGUUAGGUUAUAUCAAUUCUUUUUUGAAUCCUAUCAUUUAUACUAUUUUCAAUAUUGAUUUCCGGAGGGCGUUCAGAAAAUUGUUGGGACUAGGAGGAUGGAAAACUUAAUUAUAAUAUUUGGAAAGUCUUAAAGGAUAUACAACUUUCAUUAGAAUCAUUUUUCAGUUUCUAAAUUGACGUUGACAUUGACGCAAGCUCUACCUUUAGACAUUUUGAUUAGUUUGAAGUUUUAGGUAUUUUCUGGACAAUUUUUGGGGUUGUAACAAAAAAAAAAACGAUUUUGGUUUUUGUUUAAAUCAAUUGAAAACGAAAAUUCUUCACUAUUUUUUUCUUUAAUGAAUCUUUUUAUCAUUUCAACUCCAAGUUUUAUGAAAUUCGCUUCUAAAUUCAUGUUGACAUUGACGUUGACAUUGACGCAAGCUCUACCUUUAGACAUUUUGAUUAGUUUGAUGUUUUGGGUAUUUUCUGGACAAUUUUUGGGGUUGUAACAAAAAAAAAACGAUUUUGGUUUGUGUUUAAAUGAAUUAAAAAAGAAUAUUCUUCUGUAUUUUUUUCUUUAACGAAUGUUUUUAUCAUUUCAACUCCAAGUUUUUAUAAUUCGCUUCUAAAUUCACGUUGACAUUGACGUUGACAUUGACGCAAGCUCUACCUUUAGACAUUUUGAUUAGUUUGAAGUUUUAGGUAUUUUCUGG